AUGAUUAUUUUGAGCAUAACCUUAAAUUUUUGUCGGUUAUUUGAUUUUUAUGUUUUUAAAACAUAAUUACUUUAAAAAUGAGUACAGACAAGAGUCACACAAAUGUUCAGAGCGAAACAAGUUUGUUUGAUAAUAAUUAUAGUUUUUGCCAUCGAGAGGUGCUUGAUAUAGAUAAGAUAUUAUCCGAAAACAUCGAAAGCCUAAAUUCUUUAUCAAACAAUAUCCUUUUUUUACUUGAAGGACCUAAUUAUGCAAAUAAUCAGGUAUUAAACUAUGUUGAAGAAACUAAGGAUAUGGUAGCACAAGUAAGGCCUUUUAUGUUACAAGAAGACAGCAAGAAGAAAAAAUUAAACAAUAAAAACAUUCACAAAGAAAUUAAUCAACUCAGGAAAGAUAUUGAAAGAGUUUCUCAAGAAAUUGAUCAGCUACAGACUGAGAAAGAAGAUGCAAUAUCCAUGGGAAUUUCCUACAAAAAGGCUCUUAAUUAUUAUACCACCAAUUUUGAUUUUAAAAUCGAAAUGGACGAAAAAGUAGAUGAAAAUAAAUACUGGGUAAAAUUGCAUUUUGGAGAUAAACUUCAGUUUCCAGUAAAGUUUUUAUUUAAUCAGGAUACAGCUACUGUAGAAGAUUUUGAUUCCCUUACACUCCUUUCACCUGAUGAAGAGGCUACUUUAAAGAACAAAUAUUACAAAGAACAAGAUAUAUGUAUGGUGUUGAAAUUGUUAAGGAAUUUUGCUUUACACAAAAGUUAAUGCUGAAGUCUAGUUUUAUGUUAUUAAAUUAUAAUAC